AUGGCUAGUACAGAGAAGUUCGUGUUCAAGGGAGAAAGCUUACCCCCAGAUCGAGAGAUCGAGUUCGUAAACGAGUUAGCACCAGAGACAACCCCUAUUUCAAUAGCACCGGAUAGGAUGGCCCCUUCAGAAUUAAAGGAGUUGAAAGAACAGCUGACAAAGGAGGAGCAUGAGGAUCAUUUGAGAAAGACGCUCCAGAGGCUCAAAGAACAACAGGUAUGUGCCAAGCUACAGAAGUGCGAGUUUUGGGUAGAGGAAGUGGUAUUUUUAGGCCACAAAGUAACCAAGGACGGAGUAUCAGUGGACCAAGUUAAGGUUGAGGCUGUCAAGGAUUGGCCAAAACCAAAGAAUGUCACUGAUGUAAGAAGUUUUCUUGGUCUAGCCGGCUAUUACAGGAGAUUCGUGGAAGGAUUCUCCAAAUUGGCAAUGCCACUAACAAACCUUACUCGUAAACAAUAG